GGGCACGGUGCUAAUCUGAGCCUUUAAAAACUCCAGAGUAAAGGCUGAUACUUCCAGUUUUUAGAAUUGAGCAGUCAAAAAACAGACAACAAGAGGGGGAGAGGCCGGCCAGGACAAUGCAGAGUCUCUGGAGCCUCUGGGCUCUGUGGCUGUUGGCUCUGCCGGGACACCUGUGGGGGGCAUCCCUCUUCAUAGAGGGGGACAAUGACGCUUCAAAGAUAUGCAAGCCCCCGCCCCACUGGGAGAUCAACGGCACGGCCCCCAUGAAGGAUCAGCUGGGGAAGGUGGCGGUAGUGGCUCUGCUGAAGGCCAGCUGACAGUUCUGCCUCACGCAGGCCUCCCGGCUGGGAGACCUGCGUGACAAGCUUGCCCGGAGCGGGCUGACGGACGUGGGCUUCCUAGUGGUGAACGAGCGGGAGGCCCAGUCCAGGGCCAUGUACUGGGAGCUGAAGAGGAGAGCGGCGGAGGGCAUCCCGGUCUACCAGCAGGCUCCGUUCCAGGAGGACGUGUGGGAGGCACUCGGGGGAGACAAGGACGAUUUCCUCAUAUAUGACAGGUGCGGCCGGCUGACGUUCCACAUCGUUCUGCCGUUCAGCUUCCUGCAUUACCCCUACAUCGAGGCGGCCAUCAGAGCCACCUACCUCAAGAACAUCUGCGGGAACUGCACAGCAUACAACUGCACCCUCUCCGCACAGCAGAGCAAUAAUGGAACCAUGGGCACCAGCUGCAAUCCGACGGAAAUGCCUCCCACCCAGGAGGCAUCAAACACAUCAGGUGGGGAAUCAGCGAGGGGCUCUGUCCACACCCCUCACGAGCCUCACCACCGUCCACACAAUCUGGGGCCUGACCAUACGGAGAAGCACGGUCACCACCCCGUCCACAGACACGGUCAGGACCACGGUCAACACGGCCACGGUCACCAGCAUGACCAUGGCCAGCAGUAACACCAGCGAAUGCCUGAAGUGGUGCUCUGCCGGUCCUCUCCCUUUGGGCUCCAGAUGCUCACCUAGAACGGACUGCUGCUUGGUCUAUUUUUCUCAGAGAAUUCCAGUCGUAUCCUUCAAAGCGAUUGGACAGAGACUGCACCCUUCCUUGUAAUUUACCAGCCUGCUCCACGGUUCACCAUCUGUGUGGUGCUCGUGCUCCCUCAGUUUGAAUUAUUGAUGGUCACUGUGCACUGAUACGCAGCUCCUCCUCGUAUGUGUAAAACUAGACGAUGCCACAGGGUUGCACACUGGCCUUGUGUAGAUGUAGAACAUUAGUAAGCACAUGUAAUGCUUUCAGAAUUGACCUUGUAUGCUUUAACAGUAUUGUGACAUUUUUGUAUAGUGGCCUUGUACAUCUUGCGUGAUGUAUCUUGUAUGAUGUAUGAAUACUGAGGUCUGUUUCUAGAAACAUGCUAUUCAUUGGUGACAAAAAAAACAUCCUCAGCGUAGAUGUGGACAAUGUCGGGGAUAAAGCAGCCAGCAUAUUUCUCAUUAAAUAUUGCUCAUGGUAAAUUGGUGAAAACCUCAUUCUGGGGCUUCAUUCGGGCCCUGUAUUUCCCCGCGGCUGUGUGCUCUUGGUGAAUUUGCUUGUGGUCCUAUUGUACCGUGCACUUAAUGAACCCUGCAGUUUAAACCACAGUGCUGGAUCUGCAGGUGGAUGCUGUGCAGGGUACAGGUAGAACUAACGGGAUAAACCAUCGGCACAGGUGGUAGGGGGGUACUGCUGAGAGUUUGGGUGCCUUCAGGUACCACAGAACCCAUGACAUGUUUGCAAAAAGCAGACCUCACCAUUUGAUUUGCUUGAUUAUUUGGCUGCGUA